CAUGUACUUCCCUCCUUAAGAUAUGGUGCGUUAAAAGGCGGAGGCGGCACGCCAGGGCGGGUGGGACUCAAAUUCCGAAAAUUACUUAUACCACCUCUGAAACCCUAACCCUCCUCCCUCCCUCUUUUCCUAAAUUUUCCCUUCCCAAAACAAAUCGCGCCCCUAAUAGAAACAUUUGAUUUUUCAAUUAAUAAUUAGUUAUUAGGAAAGAUCGAAUUAUUACUGAUAUAGUCGCGGAUUAGAUCUUAGGUUAUUAUAGUAGAGUUGAAUUCUUGGAUUGAUAUCCAGAGUGGAAUAGAAUUGCAUGGGGAAAAAGAAGAAGAGAGGAGCAGUUGAUAAGGUGUGGUGCUACUAUUGCGAUAGGGAGUUCGAAGACGAGAAGAUAUUGGUGCAGCAUCAGAAGGCCAAACACUUCAAAUGCCACGUUUGCCACAAGAAGUUGUCCACCGCCGGCGGCAUGGCCAUCCAUGUCCUACAGGUUCACAAGGAACAAGUCUCCAAAGUUCCAAAUGCAAAACCUGGAAGAGAAUCAACAGAAAUUGAAAUUUAUGGAAUGCAAGGAAUUCCACCUGAUAUCCUGGCUGCUCAUUACGGGGAAGAAGAGGAAGAGACACCUUCAAAAACAGCUAAAGUUGAUCUUCCGACCUCCCAACUUGGUGCUGUUGUUCCGGGGUCAAUAGGGGUUGGGUAUCCCCCGCAGCCAACUAUGGGAUCAAUGCCUCAACUUUACAACCCUAGGAUACCUGUGCCUCCAGCUGGUUGGCAAGUUCCACCACGUCCACAACCUUGGUAUCCUCAACAUCCAGCUGUUUCAGUUCCACCUCCUGGGCAAGCAGGAUUACCUCAACAGCCUUUGUUUCCUGUACAUAAUGUCCGGCCUCUGCUGCCAUCUGCAACACCUCCUGGGCUCCAACCUUCAUUGCCAAUUGCACCUCCUGGGAUGCCUGCAACUACACCCCCUGUUCCUGUUUCUCAACCUCUAUUUCCUGUUGUUCCCAACAAUAAUAUCCCUCCUCAAAGUUCCCCAUUUUCUGCUCCUACGGCUCCAAUUAGCUUACCUUUGAGCUCUUCUUCAGAGAUGAAGAGUGCAGAACCUCACUUUGGCAGCACGUUGCCAACCAAUAGCUAUCACACUUCGGGAAUUCCAGUAGUUACUUCUGUAAAUUCACAUUCUUAUGCAUCUGGUCCAAAUACCAGUGGUCCUUCAAUUGGCCCACCUCCAAUAAUUGCAAACAAGGCUCCAGCUACUCACCCUGCUACAAAUGAGGUCUACCUAGUGUGGGAUGAUGAGGCUAUGUCCAUGGAGGAAAGAAGAAUGUCCUUAUUGAAGUAUCAGGUGCAUGAUGAGAAUAGCCAGGAGUCUCCAACUAGCUUCAGUACAAGGUUAAGACAGAGUAUGAGCUCAAUUGAUGCUGCUAUUGACAGAAGGAUAUCGGAGAGCAGGCUUGCUGGUCGCAUGGCUUUUUAAGGAUGAUGCAUUACUCUAGCUGGGUUCCCCAGCGUGUGGGAAAUGUAUCUUUAUGGAUCCUAGUUCAAUAUCUGCUGCUAACUGGUGCUUCCUAGUGCAAUUCUUUUUAUGUACCUGUUGUAUUUUUUAGGUAGAAGGUUGUGGGGCGCCCUAUUAUGCUAAAUAGAUUUCAGUCAUUUUUCCUUGGGGUUUUAUAAUCUGUUAUUUGGUAUGAACAGAAUCCUGUCUAAAUUUUUGACUGAUUA